AUGGCCCGCCCUGGUCUUUUUCCUCGGGCAGAUACGCUGGACCUGCAGAGUCCGGACAKUCCUUCGGCUGCUGAACAUCCCACGCCCGAACCGAUACAAGCCAAUGGACUGGCGCCGCACGUUGCGGCCCAGGUGCACCAUGUGAUGGAGGAGCGGCAUUCCGAGGAGCAGACGCUGGCAAAUGCUUGGAAUAUUGGUGACAGUCUAGACGACAAUCCCGAUGCCAACGACGAUGAUAAGGCGAAGAACGGCCAGCAGAAUGGCGCCAAUGGCAGUGGGGACGAACAAGGCGACGGCGCAGACCAUGACGACGCAGACGAUGACAUGAUGGACAGGAUAUCGAGCUCGCCGAGCAUCGACGAUGAAGAUAUCGAUUUCGAAUUUGUAUACGCGCUACAUACUUUCGUCGCCACCGUCGAGGGUCAGGCGAAUGCUACCAAGGGUGACACCAUGGUGCUGCUUGAUGAUAGCAACAGCUACUGGUGGCUCGUGAGAGUAGUCAAGGACAGCAGCAUUGGCUACCUUCCUGCCGAGCACAUCGAGACGCCGACCGAACGCCUAGCACGGCUGAACAAACACAGAAACAWUGACCUCUCCGCCACGAUGUUGAGUGACAACUCGGAAAAAUCCAGGAAUCCACUAAAGAAGGCCAUGCGCAGGCGUAACACCAAGACUGUCCAGUUCGCAGCGCCAACAUAUGUGGAGGCCUCCGACUACGAUUAUUCCUCUUCCGAAGACGAAGACAACAUGAUCGAUCCGUAUGGAAGCGCUUUGCAAACGGGGAACAGCGCAAAUGCGGAUUCUGAAGCCGAAAGCGACGAAGCAAAAGCAGAAGCGAUAGAUACCACCUCAGAGGGCCGGUCGAGCACAUCUUCGAAUCGCGCUUCGUUUGAUCGCGAGCAGGCUGCAACCGCAGCCCAAGCUCUGGCGGCUGCCGGUGUGACUGGAGAUGACGAACCGGUCUCUCCCAAACUGGUUGACAAGACUGGUGAGUUUGAGCGUAUGUCACUAGAUUACAACAGAGUACCAACAGACUCGACAGAAGCAGCACCUUUGAAGUCCAGGAAGUCGAGAAACACGGACUCUUUCCUCAAAGACGACACAAACGAGACACGCAAAAUCACCCUCACCCCUGGGAUACUGCGCGAGGAAAGUGGAUCGCUCAAAUCUCAAUCGCCCGUCGCUGAGGAGCCUAAGCGGAGCACCAGUCUGGAGAUAUUGACCAAGGCCACGACUCCACCAGAGUCAUCCAAGAGGGAAUCGAAAGAUAAAAAAGAGCCGAAGAAAGGCGGCUUGCUCAGCGGCCUUUUCAAAAGCAAGAAGAAGGAUAAAAAGGCAAAAGAGGACGCCAAUGAUGCCGAUUCUGAGAAACCGUCAUUCGAAUCCCCGCGAGCAAGCCCCCUACCGAGUGGAACCACGUCGCCGGUCGACAACAAGUACAUUAACGGGAUGCAAUUCCCUGCAGCCGGCAAGGGCAACCUCGAGAGAACAGUUUCCAAUGAAGAUGUACGUGACUCGCCGUCAGACUCGAAUGGUAUAUUCCUCGCGGAGCUGCCCGGUUCAGAGGUCGCCUAUGAAAUGGCCACAGGUCACGAAGAUCAAAUCUCCGACGCGCAGAGUCGCAGUGAUCUUGAAGCAGUGUCCAUGCCCCCGGAGAAAUCGGGCAGCCUCAGCAAUGCUCUCUCGCCAUUGACAAACGUGCUCAAAGGAGGAGCCGACAAGGAGAGCAAACCAAAGAAGGCCAAGCGUGCCAAACAGCGGGUGGAGCUUGACGACUUUGACUCUCCACCUGAAGAACUUGGUCAAAAUCCAUUCGACGACAAGGAAGAGACCAGCGAGAGGUUAUCGGAGAGCCCUGUGGAGAUCAGCAACAAUACCUUUAUGCACGGUACUGAGUCGAUWCACAUUCCGAUGCCAGACGCCAUGCCAGAGUCCGGCGACGAAGAAGAGGAACGCGGGCCUGGUAGUCUCACCAGCUCCCCGAGCCUCAUCGACCAUCCUUCGGAGCCCCUGGAGGAGGACGAAAUGGUGGAGGACAACGAUCCAACGCCCACAGCACUAUCACCGCAACCUCAGACCAUGCAGACGCGCGCCGGGGAAGAGUCUGGGCAGGACACCUUGUCAUCGAUUGACACCAAUACUGGCCGAUUCUCAUCACGAGCGUCACUGGCCGUCUCACAGCAGUCCUGGAACGACAAGGGUCUGCGUGCCUGGCUGGAAGACGGUACCGAGGUACGCGAUAUGCUCGUAAUGAUUAAUGACAAAACGGGCGUGAAACCAGCGCCUGCCGACCACCCGUUGAUGUCGGGCUUGUUUGUAGAGGAACGCAAGGGCGUUCAGGAAAUGAUGGGACAGCUUGACGGUCUGCUUGGGAGUUAUCUGCAGCGCAAAGGAGUUCAGUUCUGA